AUGUGGUUCGGUGCCAUGGGGCAAGGCAAAAAAAGUUUCGUGCAUUUCCAAUGUUGGGAAGUUGUGAAGGAUUGUUCGAGAUUCAAAAUUAUUCCCACCGGUUCGCCGGUUGUGUUGAAUGAGACGCCGCUCCACGAUUCGACAUCAACCGAUUCGCCAUUGGACUCCCCAAUGGAAACGGAGCCACCACUCCCACGUCCGUCGAGACCUAUUUGGAGAAAGGCGGCAAAGGCCAAGAGAGGGGGCACUUCGAACAAUGAAUGUGUACAAUUAUUGGAGCAAAUAGCUAAGAACACCUCACUAAGAAUUGAGAGAGACUUGAAAAGAGAUGAAAUAGACGUGGCAUGA